AUGAGCAACUCUUCCGUUGGCCCACCGGGCACGGAAAUGUCUAACGUCUCCACAAACUCCAACAAUUCAAUUAAUUCGUCGUCAGUGUACGACGAGCUGGCCUCGAACCUCAAGGAUGUCUCGAUGGUGGACCUCCAAAGAGAACCGCUGACCAAUCUUCACUCGCAAUCCAGUCAACAGCAUUCAGAAUCGUCUUCGGAUACCCCUCCAGUGUCGUCUUCGGACGGCUCAUCACAACCAAAUUCCAGACGAAGAUCAACCCUCAUACUCACCGAUGAUACAGAUUUUGACAAACUCAAGGCCCUCAGCUCGGAUAAUAAAGACGACGAAAUGAUAGUGGACAGCGAGCAAGAUAUCGGACAGUCUCCUGUUCCAGAACGUGCACCAACACAGGUUCCACAAAAUCCGCAAAACUCACAGCCGCCGCCGCAGCCAGUGCUGGUUCCGACCGUUUUCAGAUGGAUAGAAGGCGGCUCCAAAGUCUUUGUGAUGGGAACUUUCACCGGGUGGAGAAAGAUGAUUGCUCUUAACGGGCCUUCCAAAAAAGACGGCAGUUUCAGCGUGCAAAUAGCCCUUCCUCCAGGCACCCACAGAUUCAAGUUUGUGGUUGACAACGAGGUGAGGUUCUCGAACUAUAUUCCUACUGCUACCGACACUUCGGGUCAUUUUGUGAAUUAUCUAGAAAUUAUUCCGUCUGAGCAUGAAGACUACACCAGCCUGAACUCCCUUACUUCGAACAACAAGUCCAAAUCCUCGCUGCGGACACUAGACUCCAAAAUUGGGCUCACGAAGGACGACGACGACAUGGGAGACGGAUUCACGAGAUACCACGACGAAGAUGAGCAGCCAAUGGACACACCAGCCGAGUUCAUCGACUCUAUUCCCCCUAUUUUCACGGAUCCAAAGGUAAUGGAAGAGUACUACGUUACUCUAGACAAUAAUCAGAGACAAGGAAACCAGAACCAGCAGUGGCUCAUUCCUCCACAGCUUCCUCCUCACCUUGAAAGUGUGAUUCUCAACAGCUACAAUAACACCGACAAGGACAAUACUUCUGGAGCUUUGAGCAUUCCAAACCACGUCGUUCUUAAUCAUCUGGCUACAACCUCCAUUAAGCAUAACACGUUAGCGGUGGCUAGCAUUGUCCGGUACAAAAGAAAGUAUGUUACACAGAUUCUGUAUGCCCCUCUUCAAUAA